AUGGUGUCGUCAAGUAAGCUGUUCGAUCGUGUUGCGGCCAGCCGGACCUGCCGUGACCUUUGGCAUCCACGGUUCGCCAGCUGCCUCCGGUACAAUGUGCACUUUUGGCGCACUAUACUGCCGGGUAGCUUCAAGCUGUACAUUCCACUGCUGGUGCUACCGCCGCUGGUGAAACUGAACGAUGUUACGGCACGGUAUUUGGUCGAGCACACGCUGCAGUAUGUGUACAUUUCUCUCUGCACCUACGUACAGGCGGCCCUGUCACUGUCAGCUCAAUGUGUACUGCACAAUUUACUUGGCCGGCUCAACUACUGGUGUGUGAUGUUCUGGCCGUGCUUACUUGGUGUUGCAAUUGGACCACCCUUACCCAAGCAACUGCUGCGUCUUCAGGCAAUCACCUUCUUCAACAUGAGCCUGGAAGCAGCAGUCCGUAAAAGUACCUCUCCUGCCCUCCAGUACGCCCGGCGGUCUAAGACUCUCGCCACUCUUACCUUCAUGGCGUUCAGCUCCAUUAUUCUGACCUGUCUGCGGAGCGGUAUCGUGAAACAGUUUUGGCUCGUAAAUCCCGGACUCCCGGACACUCCACUUGCCAGCAAACCGAACGGGCGCGUUUGCAGUCAUGCCGGUAGAUGCUGGCAGUAUCUGACAGACGGCAUGCUUAAGUACGGCAUGGUAGGCAUCGUCCUCGAAGCGGGACGUGCCGUACUGCGCAAAUCGCACCUGCUCGCACAGAACCCGCUAGCGAUAUUCGGACGGGAAUUCCUCACCGCCUGCAAUCUUAAGCUGGGCAUGUUUCUAGCGUGUUACGUCGGUAUCUUCCGUGCGGUUUGCUGUCUGUUGGGCCGGUGGCACUCGCGGGACGAGGUGGCACAUGCGGCAGUGGCUGGGUUUUUAGCCGGCGUACCGUACUGCCUCUAUCCCACCUAUCAAAUCUAUACGCUCGGGCUGACCAAAGCCAUCGAGAUGGGGUGGGAGUACUGUGGCAAUAGGACGCUGAAUAACACCAAACCGCAGACUAGCAUUGCCGCUACCUUGCUACGGCAAUUACACCGUCUGCCAAUGUUGAGGCUCGUGCAGAUGUUUUCGUUCGGUUAUUUGGGGCACGUUUACGCGUUCCAUCCACAGGUGUCACCUGUUUUCCACCAGAAAGCGAUGGACGUCUGCUCCACCAAUCUAACGUUGGAUAUGAAGCGUCGCCUUGCUACGUGGUUGUCGGAGGUUAUGUGA